AUGCUUAAGGUUCCAGAGCAUCAGGUUGCUGGCCAUCAAGCCCUCGACGGGCACCUGGGUCCCCUCAUAGAUGAUUCAGGGCGCUUCUACAAACCUCUGCAGAGUGAUGAACGUGGCUCCAAGGAAAUGUCAUUCUACACGUCAUUUUCUUCCAACACAAGGAUUCCAGAACACAUCAGGAGGUUCUUCCCGGUCUUCCAUGGCACUCAACUUGUAGAGGCAUCUGAUGGAUCUGGCAGGAAACCCCACCUUGUCUUAGAAGAUAUCACUUCAGGUCAUUCCAAACCCUGCGUCAUGGACAUUAAGAUCGGUUCAAGAACAUGGUACCCACAGGCUUCUGAGGACUACAUUCAAAGGUGCUUUAAGAAAGAUAGGGAAACCAGCAGUUUGUCUCUGGGGUUUAGGGUAUCCGGGUUGCAGGUAUAUGGUAACAAAGAAUCUGAAGUUUGGAAGCCUGAGAGGAAGGUUGUUAAGAGGGUAAUUGGUGAUAAAGUUAGGUUGGUUCUUAAACAGUUUGUUUCUUCCAAUCCAUCUAUGGACCUGGAUUCCAACCCAGAUUGUUGUUAUGCUUCAAGUGUUUAUGGCGGUUCUACUGGUAUAUUGGCCCAGUUGCUGGAGCUGAAGGCAUGGUUUGAGGAUCAGACCACCUAUCAUUUCAAUUCUUGCUCGGUUCUCAUGCUGUACGAGAAGAAGUUACUUGGGCCAAAGGAAGGAGGGAGUACAGCUGCUGAAGUCAAGCUCGUCGACUUUGCUCAUGUCACUGAAGGCAACGGUGUUAUUGAUCACAACUUCUUAGGAGGGCUGUGCUCGUUGAUAAAGUUUAUCUCUGAGAUCCUUACCAACCCAGAUGAACACUCUCCCAGAACUUGCUUGCAGGACUCGGAUAAGAAUGAUUUUCCCUCCGAAAAUGGUGCUGCAGAAUCAAAUUAG